GCGAGGGAGGGAGCGCGGCCGGAGGAGGGCGGGGGGUGGGGGGAUUUCCAGCCGCGGCUCUUCGCAGUUUCCUCUCCUUGUUUUGCUUUCGAUCUGGACUGUUCUCAGGCAAGCCGGGGAGUAACUUUUAGUUUUGCUCCUGCGAUUAUUCAACUGACGGGCUUUCAUUUCCAUUUCACACACCCUAGCAACACUUACACCUUGCGGAAUUGUAUUGGUAGCGUGAAAAAAGCACACUGAGAGGGCACCAUGCCGGUGGAAAGGAUGCGCAUGCGCCCGUGGCUGGAGGAGCAGAUAAACUCCAACACGAUCCCAGGGCUCAAGUGGCUUAACAAGGAGAAGAAGAUUUUUCAGAUCCCCUGGAUGCAUGCUGCUAGACAUGGGUGGGACGUGGAGAAAGAUGCACCACUCUUUAGAAACUGGGCAAUCCACACAGGAAAGCAUCAACCAGGAGUAGAUAAACCUGAUCCCAAAACAUGGAAGGCGAAUUUCCGAUGUGCCAUGAACUCCUUGCCUGAUAUUGAAGAAGUGAAGGAUAAAAGCAUAAAAAAAGGCAACAACGCGUUCAGAGUCUACCGAAUGCUGCCCCUGUCGGAGCGGCCUUCUAAGAAAGGAAAGAAACCAAAGACAGAGAAAGAAGACAGAGUUAAGCACAUCAAGCAAGAACCAGUUGAGUCAUCUCUGGGGCUUAGUAAUGGAGUAAGUGAUCUUUCUCCCGAGUAUGCGGUCCUGGCUUCAGCUAUAAAAAAUGAAGUGGAUAGUACGGUGAACAUCAUAGUCGUAGGACAAUCCCAUCUGGACGGCAACAUCGAGGAUCAAGAGAUUGUCACCAACCCGCCGGACAUUUGCCAAGUUGUAGAGGUGACCACUGAGAGCGACGAGCAGCCGGCCAGCAUGAGCGAGCUGUACCCUCUGCAGAUCUCACCCGUGUCUUCCUACGCGGAAAGUGAAACGACUGACAGUGUGCCCAGCGAUGAAGAGAGCACCGAGGGGCGGCCACACUGGCGGAAGAGAAAUAUUGAAGGCAAACAGUACCUCAGCAACAUGGGGAUGCGAGGCCCCUACCAGCUGCCAGGGAUGGCAAGCUUCGUCACUUCCAGCAAACCGGACCUCCAGGUCACCAUCAAAGAUGAGAGUCGUCCGGUGCCUUACAACAGCUCCUGGCCCCCUUUUCAAGACCUCCCCCUUUCUUCCUCCAUGACUCAAGCAUCCAGCAGCAGUCGGCCAGACCGGGAGACCCGGGCCAGCGUCAUCAAGAAAACAUCGGAUAUCACCCAGGCCCGCGUCAAGAGCUGUUAAGCCUCUGACUCUCCCCGGUGAUUGUUGGGGUUUCUUGGCUUUGUUUGUUGUUUGUUUGUAUUUUUUUUUCUCUCUGACACCUAUUUUAGACAAAUCUAAGGGAAAAAGCCUUGACAAUAGAACAUUGAUUGCUGUGUCCGACUCCAGCACUGGAGCUGCUUUUUAACUCAGGACUCCAGCCCCUUGGUAGACGUGUGUUUCUAGAGCCUGCUGGAUCUCCCAGGGCUAUCGCUCAAGUUCAAGGACCAACAAGGGCAGUGGAGGUGCCGCAUUGCCCGCGGUCAAGGCCGGCAAGGUGGAGUGGAUGCCUCAGAAUGGACGAGAUAAUGUGAACUAGCUGGAAUUUUUUAUUCUUGUGAAUAUGUACAUAGGGCAGCACGAGCGACAUUGCAGUCUGCUUCUGCACCUUAUCUUAAAGCACUUACAGAUAGGCCUUCUUGUGAUCUUGCUCUAUUUCACAGCACAUUCUCUGCCCAUUACCCAGCCUCCCCUCCCCUCCCCUCCCCUUCCCUCCCCUUCCCUCCCCUCCCUUCCCAUCCCCUCCCAUCCCUUCCCAUCCCUUCCCAUCUCGCUCUUUUCCUACUUUUCCUUCCCUCAAAGCUUCCAUUCCACAUCCAGAGGAGAAGAAGGAAAUGAACUUAUCUACAGAUGUCCCAUUUUAAGACUGCUUAAAAAAAAAUCCUUCUAAUCUGCUAUGCUUGAAUGCCACGCGGUACAAAGGAAAAAGCUAUCAUGGAAAUAUUAUGCAAAUUCCCAGAUUUGAAGACGAAAAUACUCGAAUUCUAACCAGAGCAAGCUUUUUUAUUUUUUAUACAGGGGAAUAUUUUAUUCAAGGUAAAAUUCUAAAUAAAAUAUAAUUGUUUUUUAUCUUUUCUACAGCAAAUUUAUAAUUUUAAGAUUCCUUUUCUUGUUUAUCAGCAGUUGUUAUGACAUCCUUGUGGCACAUUUUUUUUUUAAAUUUUGUAAAGGUGAAAAAAGCUUUUAUGAGCUCAUGUAGCAAUCAGAUUAUCCUGUGGAUUGAUAAUAAAUGAAUAUGAUAUAUAGUUAAAUUUUUAA